GUUGCCGAUGCCGCAAGGAAGCCAGCUCCCCUAACUGGAGUCAGUCGAUGACCCUGUGGACGAUGCUCUAUGCAAGUAUUUCUUUUAAGACUUCCUGACAUUGAUCGAGACACAUAACACACCUUGCUGUUUUUGCUAGGAAUGUUGCCCAUCGGAAACAAUCCGACAUUUUGAUGUCGUGAAUCUCAUUGGGAACAAAUGACGCACAUCUAAACCGUCUUGAAUUUAGUAAAACAUUUGCAUCAGGGAUGCACAUCGUUUGUCCAACCGUUCUCCCAUACGCCGUGUUGAAUUAAGCAGUGCCGGCCGGGCUACAAGAAUGAUAAAUACGUUUGCUCGUCAUGUCCGCCGGUUCCCCUGGGUCACCAACGUUACGUUGUACGGUUGCCUGUUCGCGGGAGGGGACUUUGUGCACCAGUGCUUCUCCCAGAGGGACAAAAUGGACUGGAGCCAUACACGGAAUGUUGCGGUGGUUGCGUUCAGUUUCCAUGGCAACUUCAAUUUCUUCUGGAUGCGUUUUCUGGAGCGCAGAUUUCCCGGGAAUUCCGCCGGGAUGGUGAUGAGGAAGCUGUUGGUGGAUCAGACCACGGCGGCACCCUUGGCCACCAGCGUUUUCUACACAGGUGUCAGCUUCUUGGAGGGUAAAGACGACAUCAUGGAAGACUGCAGGGACAAAUUCCUGAACACUUACAAGACGGGACUAAUGUUCUGGCCCUUCAUGCAGUUUCUAAACUUUGCCUUGGUGCCUCCAUACGUGCGGACCACCUUUAGUGGCUGCUGUGCCUUCGUCUGGGCCACGUUCCUAUGCUUCUCACGUCAGAGCGGCGACGGCACAGCCGGCGCCGCCCUUGCAUGGAUGUUCCCCUCCAAAGAGAACCUCGCGGUGCCCACAGAGGAGACAGAAGAAGUGAAAAGUAAGGUAGUUUCAGGAACUCCUCCAUCUCAACACAAGUAAAAAAGGACAGGAGAAGCAGCUGCAGUCACGGAGAGAAGAGUGCAGCUCAUGUGUCACUCAGGGGUCAAUGUUCAGGCUAAAACUGCCAAGGUUAUCCUGAAUCAGCAUCGGCCACAACAUCAGGUACACAUGGAGAAUAUAAAGAGACGCCGCUGCAAACUAUAUACUGUUAAAUAAAAAGGCAGAAUUUGUAUGCAACUAAUUAGAUGUAAUUGUGUACCUAAUAUUAUGGCCAUUGAGUAAGAAGGUGCUCCUCAACACUGCCGUAAGAGUGGGAGGUUAUUUAAGCGUUGUCUUCCAUAUACCACAGUGAAUAUGCAUCAGGUAUUAAAGUGAAUAGAGGCUGCAUACGGUACAGCAGUUCCCCCACCUGUUCCCAGUUUGGCAUUCGCUGCCCCACAUAUUCACAGAUCUCUUCUCUCUGCUUUAACCUGUACAUUUCUUUUUUCUUUUAUGCUAACCUAAAUAGAAAGCGGCAAAAUCUUUAUGGGAAAUGAGUGCUGCAGCUUUCCAUCCAGCAGAGGGUGCCGGCUCACAAGUCAAUUCACUCAACAUCUUCCAGCAGGAAGAUGCAUUGGCAAGACGUGAUGUUGCGUAACUGCACGUAUUGUAAGUACAGUACUGUAUACUGUGUGGGGUUGGGCAUCGUCUGAAUUUGAGUGAAUCCGAUUCCUCGUUUCGAUUCCGGUUCCGUAAGUUUGCACGGCUUAAACAAGGGUGCUAACCAAAGUCCUUGGAUGAAAUGUUUGAAUGUCUCCAUGAUUUAAAAAAAAAAAUGAUAUGAACUUUUAUGAAUUACUUUACUAUGAAUUUCUCACAGGGCUAUUUUCAACCAGUAAAUAAAUAUCAAACCAUUGAACUUGAACAUAAAUGUUUUGAAGUCUCUUUACAUACUGUAGGAGCGCAUGUUCUAUUUUUGGAAAGCUCAUUAUCACAGGAUAUGUGAUAUGUGACACAUAUCCUGUGGUUUAUGCUUUAUUUUUUAGUGUCUUAUGAUGCAGAACAGACAAACCAACUUAACCACUUUACUGAGUUCCCACUAACCUGCGUGCGGAAUAUCAAACAAGCGAAUGGAGUAACACUUCGGGGUCUGGUCAACUUCCUGGCUAAAGCUAGCUUUAACGUCAGGUCCUCUAUGGAAAAAGUACACAGCCUUACGUUGGCGGGAUGUUUGAGUUGGCCACCGUAUUGGCAUGCAGCUUCAAUGUUGGCGUAAGAUCGACGUCAUUUGUAGUUUUAUUUACCUGGGUAGUUGGAAGGAGCCCGGCGGCGCGCGUCAAAACGGGGAACUCUGAAUAAUGUGGAGGUGUUUAAUCAUGCUAGUGGCGCAUCCCUCCUUUGCAUGAAAUGAAACGGACAACCACAAACGCUUUCCUGACGCUUCUUCUUCAUAGGUGUCAUGCGGCUAUUUUUUCCGGUCGACGGGCUUGUCGAUCACCUAACGUAGGCAUCGGAAUUUUUAAAAAUGAACUGUUCGGGGAGAAUCAGAAUGUUAGACGCUCGAUGCCCAACCCUCAUAGUGUGUGCCUGAAACUGGUUCUUAAUGUGGGAAAACGGAAUUUUAAAUGUGUUUAAUAACGGAGAGGCAUAUUAUACCAUUUACAGUGGCAAAUAAAUACAUGGCUGCAUUCAUAAUUCGCGAACCAAUAGUGACUAAUUUAUCACUGAAUCAAAAACUGAUAUGCUAAAUCAUAUUACCGCCCCUCAGCAUGUUAAAAAUAUAAAAUUAAUGAAUUAUUAAAGACAUACAUUAUUACAUAAUACACUCGUUUGCUUUGUAACAUGUAACACAAAGCUCCGAUGUUGUUUUUGUUCAGAUAGCUUAGCAUACAUUGACCUACAUCGGAUCGGUUUUAGCAUCUUUAAUGUCAUAAAAUGUAAUCGUCCUUUAGUUUUUCUGUAUGGGCACGGGCCUGGGAUCAAACCAUUACGCCACCAGGUACUGAGUCAGUGAAUAAUUUUCUUGUCUUACUCUGCUGUGUGCUGUCACACUACUCGUGUCUUUUUUUUUUCUUUUUUCUCCAUGGAUCGUGGGGCCCUACGCACAGCGCGUGUUCUGCAAGUUGGGAGGGCCAGCCCGCCCUGUGUGUGCAUUUUUAUGUGGGAAAUGUGCAGGUACAGUACAGUGUGGAGUCUGCAGAAAACGAAAUAAUUAAAUUCAUGCCGCAUCUCCGUGACUUCUUUAUAAAGCUAAAGGGUCUAUCUGCCUGACAGCUGAGUUGGAUAAGUACGUGAACUAAAGCGGGCAUCUGCAUCCUGCAAAGUGGGAAAUGAUUUUCCCAAGGCUAUUUAUAUUUAUUGUUAUUAUUUCUAAGUACUUCACAACUGUAGGGGGAGUGCAGUAAGAGAGAAAAAUGUUUUUUACUGUUGCAUUUCAUUUGCUCUUGAUCCAAUUCCAUGGAUUUCUCACUGUACUUUGGUCAUCCACUCCGUCAGGUUGGUUACAUUGAAGAAAUAUGUAGGCUGAUGCCAUGCUGAUGAUGAUGAUGAUUUGUUGAGCCAUUGUGAUCUACUUAGACCUGUCACGAUAACCAAUUUUGCUUGUCGAUAACUGGGCUACAAAUUAUCGUCGAUAAACGAUAUUAUCGGCAAUUUUUUUUAAUUGAUUAUUGUCAUGAGAGGUGUCAUUCACAUUUGAACCACUAGAUGGUACUCAAGUAUAGCAUACGGUGUACCUGUGUGAGACAUUAGCUUGACACAGAAGUUGCCUGUAUGUAUGUUUUUGCAAUGUAGCCAGUGACACAGUCUACCAGCGCGCACCAUUUUGCACGAUUUUGUUGAUGUUUGCCUGUUGCCUGUUUGAAACCGAAAUAUUCCCACACCGCCUUAGAAACACUUUUGUACCGUCAUUCAUGUUCGCAUAUGCUGGCUCACAAAGCUAACUGCUAAAUCCUCCCUAUCAACUCACAAGUAGCCCCGCCUCCACACAGAGGCUGAAUGAGGUGAGGGCCCACUCUCGCCCAUCAUUCCACUAUAGAACCAAUGCGCACAGACGGAUGCAGAGUGAACCCUCUUGUCAUCCAGCCUGUGUGGCACAGUGAGAUGAGCAGACACGCAAACACACGCAUACAUGCACAUGUCAAUUUAUUGAGGGCGCCAUCAUUAUCGACCUGUCUUUUUUAAUCAUUCAAUUAAUCCAUUUAUUGCGUAUGGUGACAGGCCUAGAUCUACUUUUCAGCGAAAGUAAACAUGAGAAAAUAAGUGAACCUGAGUUGCAGAGUAAGCAGAAUUUUGGGCGCUCACGUGUCAUUCCAUGAUCACAAUGCAGCUGCUGCUUUGAAGGAAGUUUAUACUUGUAUUCACUCAAAACCAAGUAUAAACUUUACUAUGGACGAUAAUCCAAAACAAAAGAUACAAUAGAAACAGUACAUUUUCAUCUAAAAAUACCCGUUCUCUGUAAAUACUAGACGUAGGGAAUAUUGUUUUGAGACUUCCACUCACUUGAUGCCAUAUUCUGCUAGAUAUGAAUGUAAUAUCAGUUAUAUCAUGUCCGUAUUGGUUUCAGUGAACAUGUUUCUUUAUCAUUUUUAUUGCAUGCUUUUAUUUGGACAUUUUGGGUGUAAUGUCACCAUCAUGCGGUUAUCUGCAAACAAGUACCUAAGUCAAUUUUCAACAUCUGCCAGUGAUUUUUGGCAAGAAGCUUUGCACUCAGCUGUGUUCCCUUAUAACACUAAAAGAUGUGUUUAUGUCUGCUUUUUAUGAUGUCAAAACCUAUAUAGUGCAAAGAAGUAUAUAGGGUAGAAUGGAUAGAUAGAUAUGGUGGUGCGAAAAAGUGUUAGCCCCCUUCCUGAUUUCUUAUUUUUUUGCAUGUUUGCCACACAUAAAUGUUUCAGACCAUCAAACAAAUUUAAAUAUUAGUCAAUGACAAUUCAACUUUUUAUUAUUAAGCAAAAAAAUAAUCCACGCCCACCUGGCCCUGUGUGAAAUAGUGAUUGCGAGAACAUCAUACCAACAGUAAAAUAUGGUGGUGGUAGUGGGGCUGUUUUGCUGCGUCAGGACGUGGAAGACUUGCUGUGAUCAAUGGAAGCAUGAAUUCUGCUGAAGGAGAAUGUCCAUCCAUCUGUUGGUGACCUCAAGCUGAAAGCAACUUGGGUUCUGCAGCAGGACAAUGAUCCAAAACACACCAGCAAGUCCACCUCUGAAUGGCUGAAGACUUUGGAGUGGCCUAGUCAAAGUCCUGACCUGAAUCCCACUGAGAUGCUGUGGCAUGACCUUAAAAAGGCGCUUCAUGCUGGAAAACCCUCCAAUGUGGCUGAAUGACAACAAUUCUGCAAAAUUCCUCCCCAGCGCUGUAAGAGACUCAUUGUAAGUUAUCACAAACGCUUGAUUGCAGUUGUUGCUGCUAAGGGUGACUUUAGCGGGGAAUCACUUUUUCAGACAGGGCCAUGUAGCUUUGGAUUUUUACUCCAUUAAUAAUAAAAAGUUUAAUUUAAAAACUGCAUAAAGUGUUCAGCUGUGUUGUCAUUGACUAAUAUUUACAUUCGUUUGAUGAAACACUUUUUCACACCACUAUAGAUAGAUAGAUAGGUAGAUAGAUAGGUAGAUAGAUAGAUAGACAGAUAGAUAGAUAGACAGAUAGAUGGAUAGAUAGAUAGGUAGAUAGAUAGAUAGACAGAUAGAUAGAUAGACAGAUGGAUAGAUAGAUAGGUAGAUAGAUAGAUAGAUAGAUAGAUAGAUAGAUAGAUAGAUAGAAAGAUACUUCUUCACAAUAUUCACAGUAUACCAAACAGGUGGGAUUAUUUUGGUUUGGUUUGUCACACAGAAGAGAAUGUAACCAUACGAUAAGGUUUCUGAAUUUGGGCUUUGUAUGAACUGUAAGAUAUAAUCAUCUAAAUUUAAAAUAAACGUUUCACCCUGCGUGUACGGAAUCCACAGUCUAUGAGUUAAAUGUCACUUGUUGAAUUGAACUUCUGAAAGAAAUGAACUUUUUAAAGAGAUUAAAGUGUAUUGAGACGCACCUGGCUAACGCUGGAAGCAAACAGUCCAUUCACUGACCGUGUCGGCCGAUUGUGUACUCGAGACGGUGGUGAAACUGUACAAGCUAAAAUGUGUCGCCUCCUUGUAACGUUGAUUUUAAUAUUAAUGUAAUCCCAGAGUAUUUGACACGACUAAAGUUAUUGUUGCACUGUGAUUGAGAUGUAAGCAAAUACAAAUGUGAGUGUUUUUGUUGUAUUUUUGGCUCCUCAGCCAGGCCGGCCGAAGGCUUUUUGUGUCCCUCGGCAAGAUUUUGUUUGUGGCGUAUCAAAUGACGCAUACUGCUACUAAACACACAUAUAUGCUGCAUAAUAAAGAUAAGUCAUGAAUUCACUGCAGAUUUCUUCAUUUGAACAAGGUGUAUUAUAGCAACUGAACCAAUGAAGACAUAUUUGAUGUAAUAAAUGGGAUUAGAUAAUGAGAAGGAGAAAACCGUACUGUUACUUUAUUUUGUGC